AUGGCCACUACCCUGAACAAGCGGCAGCAGGCGCGCAAUGAGCGGACGCUGCAGGAGCUCAUUAAGACAGUUCCCGGCAAUGCACAAUGUGCAGACUGCGGCGCGCGCAAUCCAGGAUGGGCCAGCUGGAGCCUGGGCAUCUUCCUGUGCAUGCGGUGCGCCGCGCUCCACCGCAAGCUAGGAACACACAUAUCCAAGGUCAAGUCGCUGAGCAUGGACAAGUGGGACAAUGCCCAGGUCGAUAACAUGAAGCGCAUGGGCAACACCGAGUCAAACAAGACCUACAACCCCCGCAACGUGAAGCCCCAGAUCCCCAUAGACGUUGACGAGGUAGACAGCACGAUGGAGAGGUUCAUUCGGCAGAAAUACGAGCAGCGUGCUUUCCUGAACGAUUCGCGGGCGGGCUCGAGACAGAAUACUGGUAGCACAAGUUCGGUGGAAGACAGGCCCCCACCCUUACCCCCGAAACCGACGAAGCGAUUCGGAUUUGGCCUUGCGAAAUCUUCGACCUUCCCCCGAAACGUCACCCCUCCAGUCUCCCCUAGUCUCGGUGGAUUCGGGCAAGACACUUCUCCGCCGAGGGUGAACAAGCCGUCUCGGGUGUUUGGAUCCAACAUUAGUACUUCAGGCGACGGACUGGAGUCAAAGCUGGCGACCCUACGGGACAUGGGCUUUCCGGAUGAGAAACGCAAUAGUACAGUGUUGAAAGGAUUGAACGGUAAUCUGGACAGAGCUGUGGAAGCGUUAAUCAGGUUGGGCGAACAGAACCCAAGUACAAGCAGGGGGCCCACCCCUACUCCGCCUGCAAAGCCGGGUGUCAAUGGUAUAUCUAUUGACAGGACUCGCACUACACCUGCUGCAACGUUUGGAAACCCAUUUGAUGCGUUGGACGCGAUUGCCCCUGCGCCUACUUCUGCCCCACAACAGCAACCCCAGCCUGAGCCUGCGCCAAUCCACACCCACCAGUUGCCAUAUGGAGCCUCUGCAUCUUCUAAUGCGACCUCUCCCUCAAAUCCUUACAAUCCAUUUCUACAACAAGCACACCAG